UCUGUCCGAGGUGAAAGAACCACACACAGCAGCAGAGCUAAAAUGACAACGUUAAGACCUUUUACCUGCGAUGAUCUCUUUAAAUUCAACAAUAUCAAUUUGGACCCUUUGACAGAAACUUAUGGGAUCCCCUUUUAUCUCCAGUACCUGGCUCACUGGCCCGAGUACUUCAUCGUUGCCGAGGCUCCUGGAGGUGAACUGAUGGGCUACAUCAUGGGGAAGGCAGAGGGAUCCGUGGCUCGGGAGGAGUGGCACGGUCACGUCACCGCUCUGUCCGUCGCCCCGGAGUUCAGAAGACUCGGACUCGCUGCCAAACUCAUGGAGAUGCUGGAGGAGAUCUCAGAGAGGAAGGGCGGCUUCUUCGUGGAUCUCUUUGUGCGAGUAUCGAACCAGGUGGCGGUGAACAUGUACAAACGUCUUGGCUACAGCGUCUACAGGACGGUUAUAGAGUAUUACUCCGCUAGCAACGGAGAACCGGAUGAAGACGCUUACGACAUGAGGAAAGCUCUGUCCAGAGACACAGAGAAGAAGUCCAUCAUCCCGCUGCCACAUCCAGUCCGACCAGAAGACAUCGAAUAACAGUAGACUGUGGCUCUCUGACACUCCCGCUCCUUUUUAUUCCACGACAAAUAAAA